GUAUCAUAAAUUGAAAUGAAUCCCUUCCUAUCCCCACAAAAAAGAUCCCUAUCUAUAACUCCUGCCCUUCCCGCCUUCCCAAGUCUCUACGAAGAAGACCCAGUAAUCUACCCCAAAGAAACAUCCAGGCUAGACUUAAGCCCUAUGAAUUCUGUCCCCAAAUCAGGCCAUCCACCAGAUCUAGAAGGUGUCCAGGAGCUGAGCUACACAGAGUUCGUCACCGCGGAGAAAUCUUUAUUCGAAGAUGAGUUUAGAAGAGAAAAUCAAGACUGCGAUGACCGCACAGAAGAGAUAGAUGGAGACGAGAUUAGCGGAAGCAAAGGACUUAAGAACCGGGGGAAGAGAGACUUAGGAAAAGUAGAAAUGAUAAAUGGUGAAGUUACUAUGAGCGGAGAAGAUUCUGAAACUUUAAGGUUUAGAAAAGAAACUAAAGACUCUGAAAAUUAUGAAGAAAUGGUAAACUCUAUUCUAGACGCUAUCCCGACUAAUCCUGGAGUUACUGAACUGUCUGAAAGAAAGGAUGUCAUCAAUAAAAGAAUUAUAAGAGGGUUUAAAAAGUUUAUAGUUCGACUGUUCGAUUCUAAAAGAAUAAGACCUUGCAGGCUGACAACAGAAAGAUUCAAAUUUAAAUAAAGAAAUGAUACAAGAGGCUAGGAGGCUUGAAAUUAUUUCUUCAGAUAAUACACCUAAUGGCGAAUUCAGUGAAUUUGUAUGCUGGAUGGCCAUGAGUAAAAACACUCUCAAAGCAAAGGCACUCUUCGACUACUCUAACGAAUCAAUAAUAUUAAUGAAUGAAAUACUGGCAAAGUACUCUCACCGAAAGCUGCAGAGACUUUACUGCGAUACAAAUAUUGGCCAACUGUACUGAUAUUUUUUUGAAAAUGGACUUUAUAAGUUCAUUAAAAAGUGUCCAGACGACAAGAAGGACCUGUAUCAAAAAUGUGCUCAAGAACUUUGAAAUAAAUUUAUUAAUUAUUGAUAAUAACUUGCAAC